AUUUAUUUAUUUUUAUUUUUAUCCCUCUCCCAUUUCCUCGGCGACUUUUUCCUUCAAGCGGCGAUCGGAGAUUCCGCAGCCGCUGACGAUUUGGACCAACCACUGCCGCCUUUUUUGAUUUACUCGCCGGAGAUCUUACUCGGACUUUGCAUUUCUUUCAGUUUGAAAAAUGUGAAACACAACUCAAUGAAAUCAACUGGUUGAGCUAAAGAUUCGGAAUUAUUUGAGAUUGAGGUGGAUUUAAGCUUUGUGUGUGAAGUGGUUAAUUUGGUCCUUCUAAGGGAGGAAGCUGUAAAGAAAUUUUUCCUGGGUGCCCCAAUGUGCAGAACUGAUGUUAUUGGCAGUAGAAGGAGGAGGAUUCUUCUCUUCUUCAGCUUCUGGGUAUAGCAAGGGUCUGACCCUUCUUCUCUUGGGUCAGAAGAACGAAGAUAAACCCAUGAGAGUUUCUCCGUGGAAUCAGUACCAGUUGGUGGACCAAGAAUCCGAUCCUAACCUCCAGCUGGCUUCCACGAAGAACUGGCUUCCCCGCGGGUGCGCCUCCUUUGUCUGUUUUGGUCGCGCUUCCGCAGGGCUUGACACCUCAUCGGCUCUUAAAGUGGGUCCUGCCCAUCAGCAAGAUGUCUUGCCGGGGCCUCUUGUUUCUGACAAGGGCAAGGAUUGUACCACUGAUCUAGAUGAUGAUAGUAACGCAAGAAAGGUUGCUCUUAAAAGUAGCUUGAAGAAGCCAUCAAAUAGAGCUCCUGUCUCUUUUGAGAAUGCUAAUGAACGUGAAACAUUGGGCAAAAAGGGUAGUGAUAUCCCUGGUCAUACAGAAAGGCGGAAAGUGCAGUGGACAGAUACUUGUGGGAGUGAGCUUGUUGAGAUUAGGGAAUUUGAGCCGAGUGAAGCGGAUGGAUCGGAUGACGACUUUGACAAUGGAAAUGCAAGAAGUUGUUCGUGUGCAAUUAUGUAGUUUGGCUUUUAGCCAAAUACAAUAUGGGCUCAACUUCUGUCCAAAAGAAACGGUGCAUCCGCUAGCAAAGCUUGUUUACGCCCUCCUCUGCUCAACUUAUUUCUGUGGAGAAAAAUAUUGCUGGUUUUUGAGCCACAUUGAAUACCAAUCACAGCAAGAGUUCUAUUUCUGGCUACACAAGUUAGACUGUUAUUUUUGUGUCUAUAUUAGUUUGCUGCCGGAUUUUGUCACUCUUGGCUUUAUUUCAUUUUGUUUAUUAUUCUUCUUUUUAUGUGUGACUCCAUUGUCUAUUGUUUCAUCGUAAUUAGUGUGAAAUUCUUUUGCUCCUUACCUCUCGGGUUAAUAAACAUUUAGCCAUUUGUUCUUCUUUUUAUGAAUUUAAGAUGCUGUGGAGCUUUGAGGCCAUUACCCA